AUGACACAACCAGCCCCCGUCGAGCCUCCCGUUCUGAUAAUCGGCGCCGGCGUCGCCGGGCUCACGCUCGCACAAGGACUGCGCCUUCGUUCCGUCCCCUUCCGCAUCUUCGAGCGCCAUGCACGAUCGCACAUCAAGCAGGGCCACCGCUUCCGCAUCUCGAAAGACGGCCAGGCCGCCCUCAACAGCGUCCUGUCACCGCAGCUCCAGGACCUGCUCGGGCGCACCGCAGCUGGGAGAUACCGCUUCGCGCCACGGUACGUAGAUGCCCGGAACCUCGACUUUGCCACGCCUGAGCCGGUGGACCCCGCGGGCUCGAUGCCUGUGGACAGGACCUGGUUUCGCAUGCUCGCGUCUCUCGAGCUCCACGAUGCCAUUUGCUACGAGAAGGAGUUCUGCUCCUACGAGAUCGUGGAUGGGCUGGUUGAGGUCAAGUUCACUGAUGGCUCGGUUGUGCGUGGGCGGCUCCUUGUUGGCGCAGAUGGGAUCAAGAGCCGCGUGCGGAAACAGCUCCAGCCAGAUCGCAACCUGCUCGACCUGGAGCGCUGGGUCAUGUGGGGUCGAACGCCAAUGACGGAAGACUUGAAAAGGGCUCUUGGGUCGCCAGAUCUGUUGAGCUGGUGCAUGUGUCUGGAUCAUCAGUCUAAUGUGCAGAUAGUUGUCGAGCCGGUGACGUGGUCGAGGAGCGUGCGCGUCGAGUCGGGAGGCAAGCUGCCAGACUUUGCCGACUACGUGUACUGGGUUGUCUGCACUGCGUCGUCGCAAUACGCAGAGCGCUUGCCGAGGACGGUCGAGGAGAGGAAACUGUACCUGGCGCGGGUGUCAGAGACCUGGCAUCCUGCCCUGAAGCACCUGCUUGAUUCCGCUGCGCACGAACUAUCCGCCUGCGUUCCCAUCCUGUCGAGCAAGCCAGACAUCCAAAUGUGCCCUGCAGGUCAGACUGGCAGGGCCACGCUGAUCGGCGAUGCUGCACAUCCAAUGAGCCCCAUGGGUGGCUCCGGUGGGGAUACGGCCAUUCGAAAUGCUGCAGAUUUGGCACACACACUUGCUGAAGAGGGUGUCACCGAGAGCAGUAUCAUGGGUUUCGAGGAGAGGAUGGAAGCGAGGGCAAAGGAGAAGAUUGAGCAUUCGUUCAGAGGUGGGCACAAGUUCUGGCGCGGGAAGGAAUGUACCGAGUACAACGAAGUCGACUUUUGA